AGGAGCAGGGAAAGCAUUACCGGGUUACGGAACCCAGCGCAGCUCGCUCUGCUUGUUGUCCGCAGCAGUUAGCUUCAUGGCGGAGGUGCGUAGCUUGCGGGUCUCGGUGAAAUCCGACAGCGGCUCGGAGCGCUCGGAGUCGGACUCUGACUCCGAGUCGGACAGAGAUGGCCGGGAGGCCGAACCGAUGGAGGUGGAGGAGGGCGAGCUGGAGGCGGAGGACGUGACGGUUAGCCGCUCCCUGAAGGAGCUGUUGCCGGACACCAGCCGCAGGUACGAGAACAAGGCCGGAGCCUUCAUCACAGGGAUCGACGUCAACUCCAAGGAAGCCAUCGAGAGGAAGGAGAAGCGGGCGAGACGUUUUCAUUUCCGCUGCGAGGAAAAUGUCGGUCAGAGGAACGUCUUCCUGGAUAAAGACGCCAUGAAGAAAGCCAUCCCCAGGCUGCGCAUGGAGGCCAUCCAUGUGACCGGCGUGGACGACAUGAGCACCCAGGACGUCUUCGGCUACUUUAAGGAGUAUCCGCCAGCGCACAUUGAGUGGAUCAACGACACAGCCUGUAACGUGGUUUGGCUGGACGAUGACACCUGCAUCAGAGCUCUGAUCAACAGCAGCCGGAUGCCUGAACCAGAGGCUGUUACCACGGAGACGGAGUCCGGAUCCCAGCCCGACGACCCGAGCAAAGCUCGUCGGGAUCGGGGAUCUGAGGACGAGGAUGAUGAAGAGGAAGAAGGUGAGGUGGAGGAAGAGAAGGAGAAAGAGGUGAAGAACAGCAGAGACGAUGAGAGCAAGACGGCUGGACAGGUGGGUGACCUGUCGCAAGCGGAGAGAGAGUCUCUGCUGAGGAAUGAACUGAGACCUGUCAUCAAACCGUUCAAAGGAAACAAGCUGCUGCUGCGCUUCGCCACGCAUGAUGACAGGAAGGAGCUGGGUGCGGCGCGCCGCAGCAGAUACUACAUGAAGUACGGAAAUCCAAACUAUGGAGGCAUGAAGGGAAUCCUCAGCAACUCCUGGAAGCGGCGGUACCACAACCGGCGCAUCCAGAGGGACGUGAUCAAGAGCAAGAAGCCUCUGAUUGGAGACAGCAUGGGACACACUCCGCCAUACACACACCGACACUCCGCUGACCUGGUCAACCUCCCGGAGGAGCCCAUAAAGGAGGAGGAAGAGGAGGAGGACGAAGAGCAGGAGGACGAGGCCGAUGAGGACAUGGACUCUGACGACAGGGUGGUGGAGUACAAGGAGAGGGGCGGAGCCUCGCUGCCGCUGGGGGCAGGGCUUCGCAGCCGGGCGGAGCGCUCUCCCUCGCCGUGGUCCGAGUCGGACGAGAUGGACUACGACCUGGAGCUGAAGAUGAUUUCCACACCGUCGCCCAAGAAGAGCAAGAAGAUGACAAUGUACGCUGACGAACUGGAGGGCCACUUGAAGAACAUCAGGAACCGGAUCGGGUCAUCGGGUUCUCAGAAUCAGGCCAAGGCCUCAUCGCCCCCCAAGGUAACGGACGUCCGGCAGCUGCUGGAAGAGAAGCGUCAAGGCGGCUCUGGCAGCAGGCGGCGCUCCCCGGUGGCCGGAGGCAGGAAGACAGAUGUGAGGCAGCGGCUCGGGAAGAGGCGCUACUCCCCCGACAGGCGGCGCUCGGCCUCGCCCCCGUCCCCUAGGGACACGCCCCCACCCCGGGAGCCAAUCAGCAGCGUGCACCGCAGACUAGGCGUGGCCAGCCAGGAAGGCAGAGGACCAAACGCUUCCAUAGACAGGAAGACGAGUACGAGCGCUCUGUGGAGCAGGCUGGGUUCCGCCGCUGGCGACGACAGCAGCAGCAGCGCCGGGCGUCACGAGCGCAAGCAGGGCAGCCGCCCAGAGCAGCAGGACGGCAGCCGGAGGAGGCGGGGUGACAAGGAGGAGGAAGAAGAGGAGGGAGAAGAGGAAGACGACUCUACGCUGCAGAAGGUCUGGGGUGCCAUGAUCAAACAGAAACAAGAACGCCGCAGCCACAAGAUGAAAAAGAGCCGGCUGGACAACCUGCCGUCGCUGCAGAUCGAGAUCAGCCGCGACAGCAGCGAUGACUCGGAUGCUUGAAUCCAGGGGAUGGAGCCUAACGCCCCUUCACCUGCUUGGGGCGGGGCAGAGCGCCGUCACUAACCAUUCCUGUUACCUAGGAGGAGCUGAACUUCCUGUUUGCCGGGAUCACGAUGAGACUUAGGGCAGAACUGAGAACAGAGGACCCUGUUGGGACUGCGCCCCUCUGCCUGAACCCUUCCUGCUUCUGUUUGUAGAUUUUUAUUUCCUUCCUGUGUUACACCAUCAGCUUCCUCUUCCUCUGUGGGACGGGAACCGGGUCGGGUUGCCGGGUUGCCAGGUCCACAUCAGCUGUUCCCAACGUUAAAUGAACCCAUGGAGCCGCUCUUCCUCUCAUGAUUAUGAUUAUAAUGAUCCAGGUCAGAGUUAAAACAGUCAGACAGCAAAGCAGCCAAUCAGCUUUUAGCCUGAUGCUGAUUGGCUGCUCAAUAAAUUCUGUUUUGCCUGACCUUUGAUCUCUACAUUCUGUCCACUCUAACCACGAAGCAGAGCAGAACUGUAAAGUGGGAGGAAUAUGAUUCAUUGUUCGAUUUUUAUUAAUAAAAAUCUGGAAAGUAA